AUGCCGAAGAGACGAGACAUCGUCGCCAUUGUGUUGAUCGUGUUGCCUUGGACACUGCUCAUUACUGUUUGGCACCAGAGCGCCAUCACUCCUCUGCUCGCUACACGAAAGGAUGACAGACGGGAUGGUCGCUCCAACUCCCGGAAUACUUUUGCCCUCAAGGAGUCCUGCUCCCUUCAGAACAGGGACAUCGUGGAGGUGGUGCGCACCGAGUACGUCUACAGCCGGCCCCCACCGUGGUCCGACGUCCUGCCCACCAUCCACGUCAUCACUCCCACCUACAGCCGGCCGGUGCAGAAGGCAGAGCUGACACGUCUGGCCAACACCUUGCUGCACGUUCCCAACCUGCACUGGAUCCUGGUGGAGGACUCACAGAGGAGGACCACACUGGUUAGCCGUCUCCUCCAGGAGACAGGACUCAACUACACCCACCUGAACGUGGAGACGCCCAGGAACUAUAAGAUACGCGGGGACACUAGGGACCCCCGAAUACCUCGGGGUACCAUACAGAGGAAUCUGGCCCUGCGGUGGCUCCGGGAGACCUUUGGCCUGAACAGCAGCCAGUCUGGGAUUGUCUAUUUUGCAGACGAUGACAACACGUACAGUCUGGAGCUGUUUGAGGAGAUGCGUUCCACCAAAAAGGUGUCGGUGUGGCCGGUGGCCUUUGUGGGUGGCCUGCGAUAUGAGUCCCCCAAAGUAAACACCUUGGGCAAGGUGUACGGCUGGAAGACUGUGUUUGACCCACACCGGCCCUUCGCCAUCGACAUGGCUGGGUUUGCUGUGAACCUGCGGCUCAUUCUGUCCAAGCCUCAGGCUUAUUUCAAGCUACGUGGAGUGAAGGGAGGUUAUCAGGAGAGUAGUUUGUUAAAGGAGCUGGUCACUCUCAGCGAUUUGGAGCCUAAAGCUGCUAACUGCACUAAGGUAUUAGUAUGGCACACACGGACAGAGAAGCCUGUGCUCGUAAAUGAGGGCAAGAAGGGAUUUACAGACUCUAAUGUGGAGAUAUGA